AUGUCCGGGAGUGAUGAGUUGGAGGCCUCUGCUAUAGAAGACGACCAAAGAUCUAAUUAUUUCGAAUCGAGGACUCAUAUGAAAGGAAAUGGAGAAGGCUCAAGUAUUGUUGGAAGUGCACUAAGUGUUCAAUCGAAUAAUAGUACAAUAGCCUCGACAACUAUGAGAACAGUGCAAACUGGAAUAUUGACUUUUAUUUUGGCUCUACAGGAUAAAUCAUACAAGAAAUCAAAGAGGUUUAUUUUUAUUUCAAUACUGUAUCAUUUGUAUAUCAUUUGGACUUCAAUCUUCUUACCAACACUAGGCGAAUACAAUUGGGGAGAGUAUGGAAGUUGGAUUUUCAAAGCACUUAAUUAUCCAAUCACAUUUUCAUUAGAUUUGGUGCCCUAUGAAGAGAGUGCUGCAAUUGCAGGUGUCAUUAUGGCUGUCAUCUUGUUGGGUUUGUUUUUUGUGUCAUUUUCUGCUUGGACUGUUUAUAGAAAUAGCAAGUUGGUUGAAAAGAUGAAAGUGGUAAUGGCUGUGUCGAGUUUGGUGUUUUCAGUGCUGAGCAAACCAUUUGCUUUUGUUUUGGCUGGUUUUAUUGAUUGUGACUUUUCAAAGACAGUUUACUUUGAAGAUAUUGAUGAUAAUACUAAUGCACUUUCUCGAUUCCAAACAGUUGCUUGUUUUGGAGGUAACACGUACUUGUAUGCACUUUCGAUUAUUUCAAUGCUUGCAUUUUCUCUAGUGAUACUUUCAACUCAUUUUGCCUAUUCUCCUAGUUGGAGGAGUAAGGUUGUGUUUCAUACAGUUGUUGGUUGGCCCAUUACCUAUUUGGUUAUUUCAAACAUGCUUGAGAUUUAUCUAAUAUUCUUUAUUCCAAAAUCUGAAAUUUGGGCAAGAGCUACUUUACAUUUGGUAGCAGCCCUGACAUUUGUUCCAAUGAUUCUAAUUACACUUCCCUUUCAGAGACGUAUUGAAAAUUCCUUCUAUCUUGCUGUAGCUUUUGCAAAGGUUGGAUCUUCAAUUGGUUCACUCAUUUCUUCCUUGGUCAAUUCUAAUAAUAAGUGGGAUUUAGGUCUUGGAAUGUCAGGUUUAACAAUUGGUCUCAUUAUUUUAGGUUUCUGUGUUGGAUUCAUUGUGAUGGAGUUGUAUAUACUAAGAACAAUGGCUUUCAUUAGACACAAGAUGAUUAAGGCCAUCGAGAGAGGAGUUUCCAUUUCAGAUACUGCUCAAACUCAACUUUCAGAGUCUGCAAAAAUGGGCCUUGAAAGAGAAGCUACAAAUAUCUAUUCCUCACUUCAUGAAUCACAAAGUUUGAACAAGCUCAAAAUAUUUAUUAGGUUUAACAUAAUCCGAAGAAGCAAGCAAACAAAGGCAAUACUAGACGAUACGGAUAUGUGUCUCGCAUUUAUUAAGGGUGUUUCUCAUCAGAAAACAUUCAAUGAUCCUUCUCUAAUAUUGUUCUCCAGUUUACUUAUCUAUGUCAACCAUCCAGAUGAAUCGAAUAGCUCAAUUUUUGCCAAUAGUUUGUUGAAAAAAACUACGCGAGUCAAGUUAUCAUUCUUUGAGAAAGUUACCCUUGGUGAGGUUACCAAAGAAUUGAACAUCUCUAAAAAUGGUAAAGUUGCAAGAAACACAACAGACUUGGAAUCAUUGCUAGUUAGAGUUGAUUCAAAUUUUUCGCAACUCAAAUCUCUUCACAAAUCCUUCUGGAAAGAAUUUUUACAAGAUGUUGUUGACACUACUAACUUGGAAGUUAUCAAUAGUAAAUGUGCUCAAUUGAUGGCUGACUCUGAAAAUAUUUUCCACAAUAGAAUUUCAAGAUAUAAGAAUAACAAAACCUUCUUGAGAUCAUAUGCUCGCUUUCUAGAUGAAAUCAAGUUUGACAAGGAUCAAGCUGCUGAACUCUUCCAAGAAGCAGCAACUAUGGAAGAGGAAGAGCUUGCCACAAAGAGAAGGAGGCAGAGAAAGUUUAGUCGUGUUGUGCCCUAUGAUGGACCUGUAGUAAGCGUUGAACCUCCUGCAUUCUCUCUCGAUGGGUUGAGAAAGGGAACAAAUGAACCAAUUACAAACCUAAUGGAUGAUGAUUUUGAUGAUCAUAUGUUGGAUGGUGUUGAGAAUGAACCUGCAACUAAGAGAGAGUAUGUUUUCAAAGCGGCUCUAGCACAAAAGACCAACGGAGAGUUGCACGUGGCCUCUGUAGUAAUGUUCUGCCUUCUUUCAUUUGCAAUAAUACUUGUUUCCCUUGUGUUGAAUGUGUAUUAUUCAGAGGAAGUUCUUUCAAAUGUCAAGUUUGUCCAACAAGUUUGUGAACCAACUGUUUCUUCAUAUGCAAUCUUGAAACAAAUCAGAAAUAAUCAAAUACUAAUCCAAGCAAAGAAUCAGGGUAUUGGUGUUCAGGAAGCUGAACUAAUUGACGUCUUGGAAAUAGAAACAGAUAGCAACAUUACUGUAACAAGUUUAAAUGAGAUUUGGAAGGAGAGACUUAAUUUCUAUGUUGAACAUAUUGAACAUGUUAAAAAGAUGUCACAAGGUAAAAUUGUUGGAAAAUUCACACCUGAAAUGUAUGAAGAUUACAAUAGUGAAACAAAUGAAGUAUUUGUUCCUGUGAUUCAAACAAAGAAUCAAAAUUCAUUCAUUGAGGUCAUUAAGAAGAAUGUUUCACUCUCUGAAAUUUCAUCACUCUUGAUUGAUAUUGUUGAAAAUUAUCCAUCAGGAGGAUACAAUGAAACAUUGAAAGAAUAUGAUUUCAUGUUGGUAUUCUUGAACAGGGAAACUUUCACAAAUGCCUUUGUGAAAACAUGUUUCAGUUUCUUGGAAAGAUGUGAACUUGACUCUGUGCAAUUUGAUAACACUUUCCUCUAUUUCUUUGUUGGUUCUGCCUGUUUUUAUAUUCUGUCCUCCCUAAUUUACAUUAUUUACAUCAGGAUUCAAUUCACUCUAGUUGCCAACACACUGGCAUUAUACGAAAGACAUUUAACAAAAGACUUGGUUGGUAAGAUCUACCAAGAAUUAGGAAAGAAUGUUGAUGAGAAUUCUACCACUAGCUUCCUUAAAUCUUUCAUUACCAAACCAAAGGUAUUUUCUUUUGUUUGUAUCCUUUCUUUGGCUUUUCUUACAAUUCUUGCAUCAUCAAUGAUGUUUUUGGAGUUGAGAUUGAACUCUGACUUGGGAUUUUCAACCAUGUUGAGUGUGCGCAAGACUGCAGAAUCAUUAGUGUUGGCCCAAUCAAUUGGGCACAAGUUGAAUGAGCAGUUCAUAUCAACACUUUCUUCAUCUAUUUACAAUGAUCCCUUGCUUGUAAACAACUCAACAAUGAAUCUAUUCAGAUAUGAAGUGAGAUAUAAUGUUACUGAUUUUAGAAGAACAUAUAAUGAGCUGAUUUACGGAAAAAUAGGAGUUUCACCAACCAUUCUUGGCGCCAUUCCAAAGAUUGAUGAAAUUAUUACAGGAACAGACUGUACUGCUGGAAACUGCACAAGUUUGGAAAACACAGUCGAUGAGUUCACUAUUAAAUCAAGCAAGUACAAUGAGGAUUUGAUGAAAGGUGUUUUCUCUCCAGAGGAGCUAAUUUUGAAAAACACAGUAGUUGAUGGUUUGGUACAUCAUUUGUGUGUUGAUUUGUUAGAGUUUUUGGCCUUGUUUACCAUUGCUAGAUCAACACCAUCAACAAUUAUUGCACUUCUAUUCGGUAUAUUUGGAUUUUCUGCCGUAGUGUUAUUUUUUGGCUUGUUGAACAAGGUGUUCCACAAUCAUUGGAAUGAUAUUUUCCAUUUAAGAAACAUGUUGAAUUAUGUUGGAUAUGAUCACUUGGAUUCCAGUGAUCCUUUGAGAAACUAUGCUUUGUACAAUCAGUUACCAGGUAAGAAUAUAUUCAAAAAGAAGAAUAAGAUUGCCUCAGCAGAGGGUGAUGAAUCCAAAGUAAGAAAUAUUCUCAAUGCAGCAGUUGAUGGAGCAGUGUUGUGUAACAGUGCAUGCGAUAUUGAAAUAUUCAAUCCAGCAGCUCAAAGAAUGUUUGGAUGCAAACAAUCAGAUACUUUGGGAACUCCAAUUUUCACUCUCUUUGAUAAAGAAUCGAGGACAGAGUUGGAGAGAGUCAUUUCUGACUUGAUUAAGAAUGCCAAAUCGACAACAUCUUCUGAAAGUCUUGGUGAAACUGUUGAAUUGGAUUGUGUGAGAAAGAACUUGACAAAAUUCCCUGCAAAAAUCAAUUUGUUUUCAACACUGUUUGAUGGAAAACCAGUUGUGACAUGUUUCAUUAAGGAUGCAACUUCUGAAAAGAAACAAAAUGCAUUGUUGGCUGAAGAAAAGAAAAAGUCUGAAAAUCUAUUGAGAUCUAUUUUGCCAGAAAGUGUUGCCAACAGAUUGAAAUCUGGUGAAACAUUCAUUGCUGAGAAAUUUGCAGAUAUUACCUGUUUCUUUUCUGACAUGGUUGGAUUCACUCAAAUGUCUUCAACCCUCAAUCCAACUCAAUUGGUUGGAAUGUUAAAUAAUAUUGUGAAUGGAUUUGAUGCCUUAACAGACAAAUAUAGUUUGGAAAAGAUCAAGACAAUUGGAGAUGCCUAUUUUUGUGUUGGAGGAAUUGGAAAUACACAAUCUGAUCACCCAGAAAGAAUGCUUCGUUUCUCAAUGGAUAUUUUCCAAAUAUUGAGAACCUACAAUGAACAGAAUAGAAAGGAAUUUGGACAUCAAAUCAAUAUUCGAGUUGGAGUGAAUACAGGAAGUGCAGUUGCAGGUGUGAUUGGUACAAAGAAAUUUGCCUAUGAUUUGUGGGGUGAUACCAUCAACACUGCUUCUCGAAUGGAAUCGACAUCAAUUGCUGGAAGAAUUCAAAUUUCCAGAUCAACUUAUGAAAGAGUUUAUGAUAUGGGUCUUGAAUUUGAAGAAAGAAGUGUUGAAGCAAAAGGAAAGGGUUUGUGUCUCACUUAUUUAGUCAAAUCUCAUCACCAUGCUCAAGCAAUCAUUACGGAUGAUGUUGUUGAUUUUGUUCCAGAAGAAGAAAAGGAUGAGCAAGACUUGGAAGUAAGCUAUCCUGUUAGGUCCAGUAAAGAUGAAGAAUAA